GCCCUCCGUAAGUGUUACGUAAGCUCGUACGCACGCGGAUAUAUAUUCAGAAGGAAACUUCAGUGUGGUUGGUGUUUUUUUUGGUGUUACAGCUGACAGCUUGGAUUGCAGCUUUCAGGAUGGUUGUGCUUUCCAAGGAGUAUGGAUAUGUGGUGCUGACUGGCGUUGCCAGUAUGAUAAUGGUUACCCAUCUGGCCAUUAAAGUAGGCAAAGCCCGGAAGAAGUACCAUGUGCACUAUCCUCAGAUGUACAGCGACGACCCAGAAACUGGGAACAUCUUCAACUGCAUCCAGCGUGCACACCAAAACACCCUGGAGCUCUACCCCACCUUCCUUUUCUGUCUGGCUGUUGGCGGUUUUCAUUCCCCUCGUCUAGUCAGUGGACUUGGAGUUGUGUGGAUUAUCAGCAGAGAGGUUUAUGCGCAUGGCUACUCUACAGGAGAUCCUAAAAAAAGAAUGAGGGGAGCUUUUGGAAAUCUGGCCUUACUUGGGAUGAUGUUGACCACAGUCAACUUUGGGCGCCAUCUGCUGGGCUGGAGGGGCCCCCCGCGGAUAAGGCAUUUCCAUGCUGGUCCUGCACCCGGUCUCUAAGGGAAAAUUUCAGCCUGGACUCACUCGGCCACUAUAGUCAACCACUAUACAAAGUGUAAACCAUAGACUUGCAGUGUGUUCUAAUCUAUAACCGGCUAAGCCGGGUGUGCUAAGUGAUCUGACUGGUUCUUCAGAAACUCAUUUAGAAUUACUGCAUGUGGGGCAUUCAGAUUGGCACUCUAUAACAUGCAGGAGCUGUCAGUUUGUCUUCAUAUCAUUUUUAGCAGCACCCUGAUUUAGAAACAAAGCUCAUUAUAUCACUUGAAUUUCUAAAAUAAUAAAAAUCACCUCCCCAGGGGAAAUUAACCUUCCAUGUUUGGAGUUAAUGAUGAAGAAAUGCCUUAUGUUUAUGCAGUUGUGCAGCUGAAAAAGAACUUUAUACACUGAGUAACUGAAAAUGGUUUGUCAUGUACUGGUUUUAUAAUUAAAAACCUCCAAUCACCA